UUAAUAAGAAAAGUCUACCUGAGUUUGGCCCACACGUCAUCUGCUGAGUGAAAAUGGUGGAAUUUGGAGAGAUUCUGAGAACUAUCGGCGACUUUGGAUUCUUCCAGAAGCUCAUUCUUUCUGGGAUAACCUUACCAAACAUAUUACUGCCCAUUUUAUUUUCUAGUUUUCUUUUUAUUGAGCCAGAUCCAGAGCGACACUGUAACACAGACUGGAUCCUGCAGGCUGACUCUAACCUGACCACAGACGAGCAGCUGAACCUGACUCUGCCUCGGGAGGAGGAUGGGACCUUCAGCAAGUGUCGGAUGUUUGUCCCUGUGUACCGGGACAUUGGUGCCAUCAGGGAGUACGGACUCAAUGAGACCACAGGGUGCCAGAAUGGAUGGGUUUAUUACAACACGCUGUACGAGGCCACCAUAGUCACUGAUUUUGAUCUCGUCUGUGACAAAUCUAACAUGGCUCACGCUAUGCAGACAGUCUUUAUGACUGGUUUACUUGCUGGUUCAUUCGUCUUUGGACCCUCAGCAGAAUCGCACGGCCGGAGGAGAGCAACCCAGAUACCAGCCGUAAUUCUGCUGAUAUUCGUCAUAGUUGCGGGCGUGUCUCCAAAUUUGUAUGUUUACAUAGUGUCACAGUUUAUAGUUGGAGCUGCACUCGGAGGAUACAGAAUUAACUCUACUGUAUUGGCUACAGAGUGGAUUGGGAUCACCAAGAGGUCCUUUGCCUCCUGUAUGAGCCAGAUGUUUGCAGCUGUUGGACAGUGUGUCAUGGCUGGUCUGAUCUAUGUCAUCCGUGACUGGAGAGUGGCGCAGUACAUCAUGGCAGCAGCACAGGCUUUUGUAUUGCUGUACAUAUGGUGGAUUCCUGAAUCUGCACGGUGGUUGCUUGGACAGGGCAGAACCGAAGAAGCAAAUAUGUUGAUACGUCGAGUUGCAGCGAUCAAUAAAAAGCAAAUCCCAGACAAUCUGCUGGACGAGAUCACUGGGGACCGAGAAGUCAAUAGUGGAGGACUCAAAGCUGUUUUUGCCUCCGCAGUCCUGAUUAAAUAUUUAAUCAUCAUAUCUUUCGCUUGGUUUUCAUGUAAUCUAGGCUACUUCUGCCUCGUUCUGAAUGUGGGUAAGCUUGGUCUGAAUAUCUUCCUGGUUCAGUUCCUGUUUGGGAUCUUUGAGAUGCCGGGACAUCUCCUCUGUAUCUGGGGCCUGGAGCUGAUAGGGAGAAAAAAAUCCCUGACGUUAACCCUCCUGGCAGGCAGUGUUAUUUGCCUCUUAACGUUGGCGUUCCCUCGAGACAAUGCUGUUGUCAUCACGGCCCUCUCAACUGUUGGGAAGUUCUUUCUGAACUGGGCCGGUUCAGUGUGUAUGGUCUACAGUCAGGAGCUGUUUCCUACUUCUGUCAGACAAACAGCUGUGGGCUUGGCCUCUAUAGCCUACAGAGCAGGAGGUUUAGUGUCCCCGCUGCUCAACAUGUUGGAUGUGUACCACUGGUCCAUACCUGUCGUAAUCUACAGCAGCCUUUCACUAAUCAGUGGCGCACUAAGCUUCCUACUUCCUGAGACCAGGAGAACAGAGCUUCCUGAUUCAACUGCUGAGGCCAAGGGCAACAGGAAUAUGACCACCAAGAAGACAGGAAGUGACUCCAACAUGGCUGAACACAACAUCAAAAAAUCCACCAGACUCUAAUUGGAAUACCGUAUUUUUUACGUCCACCAAAGAGGUUACGCUUUUUGUUCUGUUUGUCUGUCAGCAGGGUUACAUGAAAACUAUUGGCCUGAUUCUCAUGAAACCUAGAGGAAGGUUUAAGGACCGAAUCAAAGAAAGGAUACACAAAUUAAUUUUCUUUACAUUGCCAGAUAGGGUUUUUGGUCUUGCCGUAAUAAAUGCCAUGCAUCUUCAAAUCCAGAGACAGUUGUGAAGUUUGAAGUAGUAAUAUGAUGUUCGGAUAGCAACCAUGAUUGUAUCAACGCUGUUUCCUCAAACACACACGUCAUGCAACUGAUUAUAUUCUUACUCACAUCUUAAUUUGCAAUAAACUCCUCUAAAGAUGUUCAGGAAAAAUGUCCCAAUUUUAUGCUUCACAAGAACAAGCAAUAAUAUUGACCAUGAAGUUUGCACUUGUGGCAUGGGCAUAAUUCAGGGGAAGGUACACUGGGGACACCCCUCCUCCACUUCAGACAAAACUAACAUGUUUUAUCUACUGGUAAGCCAGAACUUUAAAACCAGUGACAGGUGAAGUGAAUAAUAUUGAUCAUCUUGUUACAGUGCAGUGUUCUGCUGGGAAACCUUGUGUCCUGACGUUCAUGUGGAUGCUACUUGAUGUGUUCCACCCACCCAGACACCAUUACAGGCCAAGUACCCCCCUUGUGGCAACAGCACUCAUUAAUGGCAGGGAGUAGUAAAAAAUGUGAAAUAGGUCAUUCCAACACCCACACUCCAUGGAGGAUAUGCUAUCUCACUCUUGUGUGCAUGAAAUGUCGCGUCAAUCAGCAUCCUGCCAGCACCUCCACAUUGCGCAAAGGUGCAAGGGCCCGUUCAUCGCUGUUUGCAGAUUUUAAUUUUUGUUUGUAACUGUUGCAUAAUCGUAUGUUUCACUUGAGGGGGAACUUUACCGUGACUAUUGGCACAACAGGGUGCCAGGGCCUAGGUGCUUGCACACACAUUAGGGUAAUGUUUUCGUUUAAAGUAAUGCGAAUUAAAGUGAUUGUAAUGGUUUAAUGUCUGCUUGUGACACUAGCAGCACAAAUGCAAACUAGAUCAAACAAACUAACCUGCUGGUUAUAUAGAUAUAAAUGGCCCAUUCUGUAGGAUUUAGGGUCAUCUAUUGGCAGAAAUGGUAUGAAAUAUUCAUAGCUAUGUUUAUAUUAUUGUAUAAUGACCUGAAAAUAAGAAACAGUGUGGUUUCAUAACUUUCAGAUUAGUUUGCAUGUGCAAUGUGAACUGUGGUCUCCUUUGUAUACUGAAAUUGCUACAUUGUGCCACAGUUCCUAAAUGCAGCACUCAAUCAUAUACAGCAACCUUGAAGGCAGAAAUCUGAUGAGAAAUGUACGACCAUAUCUACCACUUACUGUAGCUCUACAUUUCAACCGAAUGUACUGUAGUUUUUCUACUUCAAAAAAAGUGAUUUAACAGCAGUAUUAAUGCUGGCCUCUAAUUGAAAAUGAUAUGCUGCGUAAAUGUCUCCAUCAUUCAAGUAACCCAAAAGUUCAGAAGAGAUUCUGUCCACUUUUAGGCAUUGUGGCAGAUUGACGAGCCCACCUCAUAUUUAAACUUGGCAAUAUGUCUGUGAUUUAAUACGGGCUAGUUCAUGCAGUGCUAAA